AUGGCUGAAGACAGUGAGCUAUGGGAUAUCGUACUAGAUGGACCGUUUAUUCCGAUGAUAGAAGAAAAGGAUGGAGAGAAAACCAGGCUUGUUCCAAAGCCUAGAAAAAAAUAUGAUGAAGCUGAUACAAAGAAGAUAGAAAAAGGCUACAAGGCAAAAACUCUUCUUGUCUGUGGGAUAGGACCUGAUGAGUUCAAUCGUGUCUCAGCCUGUGAGUCUGCAAAAGAAAUCUGGGAUUGUUUAAAAAUAGCUCAGGAAGGAACUGAACAAGUCAAAGAAUCAAAGAUUGAUAUGCUCACCUCUUUGAAUGAAAACUUCAAGAUGAAGGAAGGAGAAACCAUUCAUGAGAUGUUCACAAAAUUGUCCUCUAUUACCAAUGAGCUGAGAAGUCUUGCGGAACCUAUCAGUAUGAGCAAGCAAGUCAGGAAAGUGCUUCGAAUUCUUCCAAAGUCCUGGGAAAGCAAGGUUGAUGCCAUUAUUGAAGCUAAAGAUCUGAAGGUUUUGACAAUGGAUGCUCUUAUUGGGAAUCUGAAGACUCAUGAGCUGAAUCGAAAUCAUGAUUUGUCAAAGAAGGAAUUUAAAAAGGAUAAGUCCUUGAUGCUGAAAUACAAAUCUGAUGAAGACUCCAGUGAUGAUGAUAUGGCUUAUCUCAUCAAUAAAGAGGAACAAAUGGAAUAUCAAACACCAAGAAGUGACAAAGAGAAGAGAAGGGACCUGGUACUCAGUAAAAAUGAUCGCAAAGCUGCUGCUGACUAUGUGGUCAAAAAGGUUCUUGCUGCAUGGGGAGACUCUUUAAGUGACUCAGAAGAUCCUGAUGAACCAAAUGAUGUGUCUAUGGUGGCAGUUCAUGAAAAGGAAACCAUAUUCAAUGAAAUGUUUGCUUUCAUGGCUCAUACAGAAAAUAAAGAAGAUGAUGAUAAGGUUAAAUUGGAGGAGAAAAUGUCGAAAAUGGAAGUUAAAAUGGUGUCUCUAGAGUCUGACAACACUGAACUUAAAAAACAAUUGACUCAGAUAACUGAAGAAGCUGAAAAGCUAAAUGGAAGGUCAAAUGGUUUACAAGUUGAAACUGAAGAAAAACUGAAAACCACUGAGAAAAAUCUGGGAUUGGCUUUAGAGAAGAGCAACAAAUUAGAAAAGGAUAUUGUCAAACUUAAGGAAGAACUUGAAAAAUCUCUUAAGUGGACAAAAUCCGCUAAGUUAUUGUCAAGUGCAACAAAUCAGAGUAAUUUCAAUAAGAAAGGUCUAGGAAGUUUGAAUAUCACUCCUCCCUUUAACCCUCACAGCAAGUAUGUGUUUGUGUCUGACAAUCUGCUUUGUCUUCACUGUGGUAAAAAUGGGCAUUUAAAGGGAGAGUGUGCUGGCUGGACAAAUUCUCAUGAAAGACUCUCUAAUUAUACUGAAAGGCAAAGAGUAUCAAAAGAGAGACCUGGUCCUCCAAAACAUGUUUCAACUGAUACAUUUUCAAAGAAAAAAUCUGUCUCUGCUCCAAAGUCCUUUGUUAGAAAGUUUCAAAAACUGCCCUAUUGGACUAGAUACAAUCUGAUCACUCCUUUGUCCGCCUUCUGGGAACUCAAAUUGAAAUGGGUUCCCAAGCUAAACAAGUGA